GCAGCCAAUGAUAUGUCGGAGCGGUUGCUUGCAAAAAUAAAGGAGUUAGGUGCGAAGGGAAGCAGAGAAUCAAUCCUGCUGCUUGAACGGCAACUGGAGAAAAGCUUCAAAUUGUACCGAGUACCUCUCAUCCGUCCUUUUGUGCUCGAAACGCUCAAGCAGCUUCCAAGAGUUCCUGACAGGUAUCUGAAGGUAAUUGUGAGCGAUCGAGAAUUUUACAAUUGCUGUGCUGUGACAGUCCGGCAACAGAUCUGGCUCAAAAAUGAUGCGCUUUAUGUGGAUGCACUAAUUCCGAUUCUGGAUUCUUAUAUUGACGCAAAACGAAAAGUUAUGCACACCCUCAUGUCAAUGGUCGGACCACACCAGCCGUUAUAUCAACGAUUGAACGAUGUGAUCCGUGAGCGAUAUUUGAAGACAGCCGAUGGAUUAUACUGUUCGUUGAGGAUGGAACUGGCAAUGUCCGCGCAUGAUUUCAAUCUUGAAUCGAUCAUACGAUCAGAUCCUUGUCACGAUCUCGCCCGAUGCCUUGAUGCAUGUGUUAGGGACAAGCAUCUGGACGCACAACAGACCAGCAAAUUGAAGAAUAUAUUAGAAUCGACAAAAAAGUCAAAGCCUGAGGUGAUCGGUGAUUUGGCAAUGAUCGCUGGUGAUGCGCACGUUAUACAUUUUCUCUGUUCAAUGUCUGUGAAGGUUUUGCGAGAUGCAGUGGCACAUGCUACUGGACAAUUGCCGCGGGACUUAAUUCCUUUACAGCUUCUCCUGAGAAUGUUAACAUUCGGAGCGUCAGCCCAUCACAUUUUGUCAACAAAUAACCUAGCUGCAUUGCAAAAUGUCGAUUCGCUUAUUUUCACGAAAUUUCUCGCUGCUUUUAGUAUUCUCAUCCUGGAAGAUUUGCUACGAUAUGAACUUGCGAGGGCACCAGAUGAAAUUGUUGACGAGAAUCCUCCAAGUGAUUUCUUGUCGGAUCCAUCCGAUGAGAUUAUGAGCUUUCUCAAAACGGAUAUCUCGUGUGCCCUCCUUUGGAUCCAUUAUCUUUUGGAUGUUUUCCCGAGUAAACGCCGUGCUGCCGAUUUGCCGGGCAUUAUGAGAUACCUAAAAGCAUUACCUCGUCUCAAAGACAAGAUAGCAUACUGCGAUCCAUGGGCACACGUUAUAAUUCAUCGUUUACUACAAUCAACACCUUUUGAUAACUUACUCUCAACCGAACAGUACUGUCAAGGAGUGAAGUACCAUCUGCUUCGGAUCGUGCACCUUUUAUGGCCUUGCAUUGGGGAUUUUCGAUGCCGGCUGAUUCUGGACAAGAUUUCUCCAGAGAAUGUUUUCGAGCCAAAUGUAUCGGAAGAAGAUGCGGAUGUGAAGCGUUAUACUCAGGAGUAUCAGCGAAUCCGAGCUAAAACGGCAGAAAAAAGUGCAGCUAGCGAAGGUCCAAAGAAUCUGCCAUCUGGAGACAAAACGCCAUCGGUUCCGACUACUACCGCUGCUGCUGCUGCUGCUGCUGGUGCUGUGAACCCUGUGGAGUCGAUUCCUGUUGAUAUCAGUGAAAGUACAAAAAAAUGA